AUGACUGAACCACGGAAAUGGACCCGCAGGGCAACCAGGCGAAGGUUUUGGGUGAGGCCUGGCAGAACCAGUAGCUGGUGGGACAACUUUGUUAAUGGUGUUGUUCUGGACGAUGAAUGGAAGGCAAACUUUCGCAUGUCACGACAAUCUGUUGCCAUGCUCACCGAUGAAAUACGCCCAUACAUUGAAUGCCAAGAAAUGAACAUGAGAGCACCUAUGGAGCCGCUGAAAAAAGUAGCAAUGACCCUUUAUUAUUUAAGUGACGAGGGCAGGCUCCGAAAGACUGCUAACGCCUUUGGUGUAUCGCGGCAGGCUGUUGCCGUCACAGUCAGGCAGACCUGCAGGGCCAUCUCCAUUCACCUUGGUCCCCGGUACAUCAGACUACCCUUUUCAGAGGAUGCCGCCACGGAACUGGUCGACGGUUUUCAGCGUGCUCAUGGAAUGCCCCAAUGCCUAGGAGCAGUUGAUGGCACACAUAUUGAAAUAAAACAGCCAUCGGUCAACUCCACGGACUAUAUAAAUAGAAAAGGUAAACACACCCUAAAUGUCCAGGCGGUGUGCGAUUAUAAGUACCGAUUUAUGGACGUUGUUAUAAAGUGGCCUGGAAGUGUGCAUGACGCACGCGUGUUUGCUAACUCGGAGGUAAAUCAGUUCAUGAAAACCGGCAAGAUUCCUACUCUCAAACGGCAGAUUGUGGAUGAUGAAGAUCCCAUACCAAUCUUCCUCCUUGGAGAUCCAGCAUAUCCGCUUCUGCCUUAUCUGAUGAAGGAGUUUUCCAAUGGUGGAUCAUCGCCACAAGAGCAGUACUUUGGGCUCUGUUUAUGUAGGGCACGUAUGGUUAUUGAGUGUGCUUUUGGCCGCCUGAAAGCUAGGUUCGCUGCACUCAGAAGGCCGAUGGACAUAAAUAUGACUGACCUGCCUUACAUCAUAUAUUCUUGCUUUGUCCUUCAUAAUUUCUGUGAGGCCGCAAAGGAGACCAUGGACGAAGUAUCCGUGUUAGGAACAAUGCAAGGAGAGAUGGAUUCUCAGCCUCCCACACAGAGCAACAACUACGUCACUGACUGCAAUGAGGGGGAAGGAAAGAGAGUGAGAAGAGUUGUCAUGAAGUACCUUGAUCCUUAA